GACGUUUUCCGCCUGCCGCGCCAGCGCAGCGCAGCGAUCAUGCUUUGCAUCAACAGAAUCAGUUUUCACCGCCAAAACGGCCUGGCUGCUCACAUUGGGAAGUUCGCAUCUUCAAGUUUCAAGCCGAAAAGAAUUUUUCGUUGGUUGUCUACAAUGUCGAUAAUGCAAAAAAGAGGAGCCCUCAUUGUCUUGGAAGGUUGCGACCGUGCGGGUAAAACGACGCAAUGUAAAAGGAUCGUGGAAUCCCUCAUCAGUUCCGGACACAAAGCUAAAUUCAUGAACUUUCCGGACAGGACAACGCAGUGUGGGGCGUUGAUUAAUUCCUACUUGACCAAUAAGGACAAUUUCACCGACGAAGGAAUUCACCUGCUGUUCACGCUCAAUAGGUGGGAGGCCAAAAACGAGAUGGAACGGUUGUUGCGGAGUGGAGUUUCGUUGGUUGUAGAUCGCUACUCGUUUUCCGGUGUGGCAUUCAGCUCAGCCAAGGGUUUGAGCAUGGACUGGUGCAAGGCGCCGGAAACCGGUCUCCUGAAGCCGGAUCUUGUUCUUCUGCUUACGUUGUCGGCGGAAGCGAUGGCCAAGCGGGGCGGAUUCGGUGAAGAGCGGUACGAAGUGCCGGAACUGCAGAAAAAAGUGAUGGAAAAGUUCCGAUCGUUGAAGGACGAUAGCUACUGGAAGGUGGUCGAUGCGGACAAGACCGAGGACGCGCUAACUGUGGAACUUUGCGAGAUGGUCGUCGAUACGAUAGAUUCCUGCGGCGAUAAGCCACUGGGGAUGCUUUGGUAAGAUUUUUGUAAAAUACCUCUACUUUACUGUUGCAUUUAAUUCGUUACCUUGCUCAGUACUUGAUGUUUAGAUCAAUAUGUUAGAUUAAUUAAGCAGAACAUAUAUAUUUUUAAUGGAUUCA